UGCUGCUCCGCCGUGUCCCACUCUUCUCGCUCCGCCUUCGCUCCGCAUCUUCCGUCUUCCUUCCAGUCCUUGCGGCGACCGAGCCCGCAAUGUCAGUCCCCAGCGGGGACCUGAGUAUGCCGGUGAAGACUAGAGCGGAAGGCGAGGACGACGGCUUCGGGGAAGCGGGUGACCCGAGGAGACUGCUGGAGCGACCUUUGCGUUUCCGGGGGUGCCUUCCCGGGAAGGGGAAUCGGGACGUUGGCUUGGAAGGGACCGAAGAGCCCACCUCGACCCGCCCCAAGUGGGUUUGGAGUUGUAGGUGCUGUCUCGGAUGCAAGGCGAGAACCCGCGAGCGGGUCACCAGUCCCGUGAGAGCUGCAGGUCCCCAGCCCCGUUUUACAGAUGGGGAAACUGAGGCAGCUGCUGGGACACUCGCCCAUAUGGGUUUUGUUCCACCCACUUCCUUCAGCCACUUUACAGACCAGGAGUUCAGGGACUGCUCGAGCUUAGAGUGUUUAGGAGUGGUUAAGGGUGAGCCCCAUGUUCUGUGCUCUACUCUAUCGCUAUCCAUGCCGUCUCCCAGCGCCACUCUCACGCUCCUGCUUGCUAGACGGGACCCAGCUUCGUCCUCCUCCUGUUUACAUUAAUUGCGCCUGAUCUUCCACACUCUUGAUUUUCCAGAUUCUAACUCCAUCAAAAUGUAACUUGAUGUGUUCAGGCCCAGGGGAGACCUAGGCACUUGAGGGGGGCGGGUCCGAGUUUGGCCUGCUGGGCUUAGCAGGAGGGGCUGGCCCGGGGUGGGGAGCGCGAAGCUCUGCUGGGUCAGCAUCCCCAGCCACCUGGCUUUGCUGGUGUGGCCUCGCAGCCUUGCCAAAUGUGAGCAGCUUACAGAGCAACCAGUUGUACGUGCUUAAGCUGCUGAGGUGACACAGGGCG